UCCAGCUGUCAAAACUUUUGACUCAAGACUCAAGAUAACCCAUAUGUAUGGAUCAUGCAGCCUUUGAGGUCAUCAUGUUGGAUUCUAUGACCGAUCAAGCCUAGUCCACAAUUAGCCAUAUGGAUUCUUUCCUGUCUUUAGAGUCGGUGUACGGGGCCGGUACGGCGGAAAUCACGGCCAAAUUGGCCUCCAUGCUUAGGGAACAUGAACAGGUUGGCCACCCCGAUGACGAUCCCGAUGAAGGCCGAUGGUCGAAACUAGUCAAAGAAAUUGAAUCCCAUUUCGAGGAAAAUGAGGACAUCUUGGAGCAAAUGGAGCUCGAGAUCCGGAGUUGGAGCCAGGAGCUUCAAAGCGAGAAACAAAAGGCUGACCAUCGUCUCCAAAGCUACAAGGUGGAACUCCAACGUUUGAAAAAGGAGUUCCUCAAGGGCGUUCGCCAUCACCAAAGAACUCAAGAGCGAGGCCAAUUGGGCUUAAGCGAUGGCUCGCACGAUCCCGAGAACCAAAAACAGGGCUUGUUGGACAAUACUGAGACCUUGGAGCGAUCCUCUCGAAAACUCCGCCAGGGUCACGGUUUGUUAGCGGAAACCGAAUCGAUUGGGGCCUCCAUAUUGAACGACCUCACAGAUCAACGAGAAACCAUCCAAAGAUCGCGUAGCAAGCUCCGGGACACUCAAGAUGAUUUGCAUUCGAGCUCUCGGAUCCUGACCAAGAUGCUGAUGAGGAUCAUUCAAAACAAGGCCGUCCUGUUCGGGCUUGCGUUUCUCAUAUUCCUGUUAUUUGUCAUAUCGAUUUUCUAUUUCCUAGGAAGUUAGACCUCUGAUCUCUAUCUAUCUCUAAGGAAUGUCCCGGGAAAAAUGCAUUUUAGAGCAAAUACACUGCAUUCAGCAAUAUUCUAUGCCGGUUUUGUCACUAUUGGGAGUUUUCACUCGUGACAUCAUCAAAUUUGGCCGCAGCGACAUCUUGUGUGCAAUUCAUGGAUUCAGAGAGUGCAAGCCCUUUAUCCAAUUUUGGGAAGCGUUUUUCCCCCCAAUCUAACCGUCAUAAACAGCAAUGAAGAUAAAAUAUUCAAUCAGAUAUUUUCAUUUGUCGUAAAUGAUAUAUUUUUGGCUUGGGAAUAAAAAAAUGGGGCAAAUUGAAGUGAAA